AUGUCAUCCAAUACAAACGUAAUUUGGUUAGAAAGUAAUCAAGAUGAAUCAAUUCCAAAUGAACUUCGUUCUCACAUUGCUCUAUUUACAAAUGAAGAUGCAUGUUAUCAAUUUUUAUGUUCAUUACCACCAACAUUACAUGGUUUAACACUUGUUGUUACAGGUCCAAUUGAAUCAACAAAUCGUCUUAUUCAAAUAAAACAAAUAUCAGCUGUUUAUAUACUUUCAACAUUACAAUCAAAACCAGAAAUAAAAAAUUCAGCAAAAAUCCAUGGAGUUUUUUAUGAUAGACAAUCAUUAAAAAAUCAAAUUUUAUCAGAUUUAAAUCGUGAAAAAUCUGCCAAACCUGGUUUUAUUGCUGGUAUAACUGCACCAUUUCAAGGUUUUCAUUUUCUUUUAACACAUUCAUCAACUUGGUCACGUGCAUUAGUUCCUGCUAUUUUGUUUACAUUAAUUAUUUUAAUUUUAGCUACAAUAGGUAUAUGGGGAAUGAAUAUAAUUACAUAUCGUUUAUUUCAAAAAUCUACAUCACGUUGGACUCAUAUUGGUAUAUGGUUACUUCGUAUUGCAUUUUAUAUAGUUAUUAUAUGUCUAUCAUUAAUUAUUGCACUUACAACAGCUCAACCAUUGAGUGCACCAGCACUUGAAAGUUUAGUACGUGCACAAGAACGUCAUUUAAAAUAUCCAAAUCGAUCAGAAGAAUCAUUUUGGUCUAGUGUAUGGCGAAGUACACGUAUAGCUAUUAUUUCAUUAUUAAUUUCAUUUUUUAUUUUUAUUAUAUUAACAUCCAUAGAACUUUUUUUUCCACCAGCUGUUAUAAUAACAACUCCACUUAAAUUUAUUACAACUGGUUUUAUUAUUGCAUAUGAUAUAAUUGAUUAUCCAUUAUCAUUACAUUUAUUCGGUGUAAGAGAACGUACACCAUGGUUUAGACAUUAUUUAUGGGCAACACUUGGUUUUGGUUUAGCUUUGGAAGUUAUUUUUUUAAUUCCAGGUGCAUUUCUUCUUCUAUUACCGGCUAGUGUUUGUGGUGCAACACGUAUUGUUGUUGCAGCUGAAAGAGCAUCAAUUGAUGAACCUUUAUUACUUAAUAAUGAGCCAAUUUAA